CACUGAUCUAAGUGGUUGUGGCCUUGUCUUGAUGAAUAGAAAAUGAUAACAUGAUGGCUUGGCGGCAUUUUUUGACUUGUACUGUCAAACAUUUCAGGCCCUUGCUUCAUGGUUUUACAAAUAUCAAGCCAGCUAGGUCAAUAUACUUAAGGCAAGUUUUUCUCGCAAGAAGCAUGAGUUCGAUAAAAACGAAUUUGGAUCUUUCCGGAAUUUAUCCUCCAAUUCCUACAAGUUUUAAUGAAAAUGAAGACAUUGAUUUUGAGAAGCUGAAGUCAAAUUUGGCUAGAUGGAACAAGAUGCCAUUUGCAGGAUAUGUGGUUCAAGGCUCAAAUGGUGAAUAUGUUUACUUAUCAAACAAAGAAAGAGUGGAUAUGAUUGAAUUUGUGAGAAAAGAAGUCCCUAAAGAUAAAUUGGUCAUAGCUGGAUCUGGCUGUGAAGGAACUAGAGAAACAAUACAACUGACAAAUGAAAUGGCAGCUGCUGGCGCCGAUGCUGUUCUUGUCACUACUCCUUGCUUCUACAAAAACAGAAUGAAUGUUCAGGCUAUGAAUAAACAUUAUACUCAGAUUGCUGAUGCAUCCACUGUACCAGUUAUUCUAUACAAUGUGCCAGCAAACACAGGCGUAGAAUUUCCACCAGAAAGUAUUGCUGAACUUGCGAAGCAUCCAAAUAUUAUUGGGCUUAAAGACAGCGGCGGAAAUAUAACAAAUAUUGGAGGAAUAAUUCACGCAACGGCUGGAAAUGACUUCCAGAUCCUUGCUGGCUCAGCAAGUUUUCUUGUUCCGUAUCUCAGCCUUGGUGCUGUUGGUGGUGUUUGUGCUUUGGCCAACGUUUUAGGAGAAGAAGUUUGCCAGUUAUAUAAGCUUUAUAAAGACGGCAAGCAGGAGGAAGCAAGAAAACUACAGCUAAAAUUAAUCAAACCAAAUGGAGCGGUCACUCGAAAAUACAACGUACCCGCAAUGAAGCACGCAAUGGACCUUUACGGUUUCUAUGGCGGACCCUGUCGAUCACCAAUGACGUCACUACUUAGCAACGAGGCUGCGGAAGUAGAGAAAAGUUUCGUAGAAUUUCCAAGAAAGUAACCACAGGAAGAGAAUCUUUACUGCAAGGUACAUCACAACAAUGUCUUUUAAUGUUAGUAAUUUUGUAGGAAAAUAAUCCCCGUCUAGUCGUAAUUAUUAUCCACGCAUGAACUGGAAUUUUAGUCGAUAGAAAUACCGUUUUGAACGCAUUGAUAUAAAAAACCGGGCUCAAACAGAUCAAA